CGGGCUGUGACGUCACCUACGUGACCGUCAACGUCGCAGACAUGGCGGAAGUGAAAGUGUUUCCAUUGUGCUGUGUGGUGCAGAGCUAUGCCUGGGGUAAAGUGGGUCUGGACAGUGAGGUGGCCCGGCUGGUGCUCGGUGGAGACCCUCAGGCUCUCAUAGAGGAGGCCAGACCCUACGCGGAGCUUUGGAUGGGUGCUCACCCCAAAGGAGAUGCUCUCAUCAAAGACAACAGGAUAUCCCAGAGGACACCACCAAUGACAGAAUUGGCUGCUAGACUCCAUGCACAGUUUCCUGAACAUUACCCAGACAACAACCACAAACCAGAGAUGGCCAUCGCUCUCACUCAGUUUGAAGGUCUCUGCGGCUUUCGGACGAUGGAUGAAAUCUUGGGCUUCCUCAAAAAUGUCCCAGAGUUCCGCGCGCUGGUCGGUAACGAAGCCGCUGAGGAGCUCCAGAGCGCCGAUGGAGACCCGGGCCGGACGUCUCUCGCUCUGAAGAAAUGUUUCACCAGGAUGAUGAACUGUGAGAAGAAGCUGUUCGUUGAUCAGCUCAACAUGCUGGUCAAACGCAUCUCAGAGGAAGAGGCUGCAGGCAAAGACACCUCUGGAAGUAAUGGAGAACUGCUGCUGCGGCUGCAUUCCCAGUAUCCGGGGGACAUCGGAUGCUUUUCCAUUUACUUCCUGAACCGUAUCGUGCUGCAGCCGGGGGAGGCCAUGUUCCUGGGAGCAAAUGAGCCUCAUGCUUAUCUGUCUGGAGACUGUGUGGAGUGUAUGGCGUGCUCUGAUAACACCGUACGUGCCGGACUGACUCCCAAAUACAUUGACGUGGACACGCUGUGUGAGAUGUUGAAUUACAGCCCGGCUCCAGUCAGUGCCAAAAUCUUCCCCUGCGUGCGGGACAACGCCGACCCCUGCGUCUACCUCUACGACCCUCCUGUGCCAGACUUCACCGUCAUGAGAAUACAGAUCCCCGCCUCGGCGCGGCAGUACACUGUGAGCGCACUGGACUCCGCCAGCAUCCUGCUGGUCAUCGACGGAGAGGCCAUCGCCACGUCUGCUGCGGCCCUCUCUGACAUCACUCUGACACGAGGCUCUGUGCUUUUCAUUUCAGCCAAUGAGAGCGUCUCUUUACAGGUGACAUCAUCGUCAGGCAUGACCAUGUUCAGAGCCUGCUGCUUACUGUAGGAGACGUCCGCUUCAUAAACGUAAUCUGUUCUGUCCUGAUCUAAACCAACAGGUCAAACAAAGUUCAAGUAGAAAUCCCAUGGUCACAUGUUUUUGGCUUCAUCUCGAACAUGCAUGACGAAUAACCUCAGUUGAAGGAACAGUUCACCCCAAAAUGAAAAUUCUGUCAUUUACUCGUUCCAAGACUGUAUGAGUCUCAUUCUUCCACUGAACACAAAAGAAGAUAUUUUAAAGAAUGUUAGUAAGAAAAUAGUUUCUGGUCGCCAUUGACUUCCUUAUUUUUUUCCACACUAUGGAAGUCAAUAUGCACCAGCAACUGUUUACUUACUUGGAACAACUUGAGAGUAAAUGAUGACAGAAUUUUCAUUUUUGGGUGAACUAUCCUUUUAAGUUGGAGUAUUAUGAUGACAUUUAGUGUUAAAGUAGCUAUGCUUAAUCAAUAAAUAACAAAAUAUGUAAUGAAACGGAUUGAAUUAUGAUUCUGCAACAUGAAAACCUCUGCAUGUUCUUUUGAAAUAUGUAAAAGUAUAUAAUUCCUUUGAGUCAACAUGAAAUGCUGUUCACACCAUUUUGCUUUAAUAAUGUGACAUUUACGAGAAAAAAAAAAUGUAGGAUGGAAUUUGGUUGGACGAUAAAAUGUGGGAGUUCCAGAAUGAAGUCAGACCAGAAUGAGAGUUUAAACCACCAGCAUUAAAGCAACAGUUCAUCCAAAAAUGAG